AUGGGGCCGUUUCGGGGACCGGGGGGUCCUCUGCUGCUGCUGCUGACUGUCUUGGCGCUGUCCCUGGCCUCGCCCCCCACCCCCCCGCUCCGCAGCUUCUCCCCGGCCGGGGGGGGCCUGACGCACCUGGCGGUCCACGACCAAACGGGCGACGUCUACGCCGGCGCGGUCAACCGCGUCUACAAGCUCUCCGGCAACCUGACCGAGCUGCGGGCGCACGUGACGGGACCCGUGCAGGACAACGAGAGGUGCUACCCGCCCCCCGGGGUGCAGCCCUGCCCCCACGCCCUGGCGUCCACCGACAACGUCAACAAGCUGCUCCUGCUGGACCCCGCGCACAACCGGCUGCUGGCCUGCGGCAGCGCCUCCCAGGGCAUCUGCCAGUUCCUGCGGCUGGACGACCUGUUCAAGCUGGGCGAGCCCCACCACCGCAAGGAGCACUACCUCUCCAGCGUCCGCCAGGCGGAGGGCAUGGCCGGGGUGCUGAUCCCCGGCUCCCGGGGCGGCCCCAGCACUCUCUUCGUCGGCACGCCCGUCGACGGAAAGUCCGAGUACUUCCCCACCCUGUCCAGCCGCAAGCUGGUGGCCAACGAGGAGAACGCCGACAUGUUCAGCUUCGUCUACCAGGACGAGUUUGUCUCCUCGCAGCUGAAGAUCCCCUCGGACACGCUCUCCAAGUUCCCGGCCUUCGACAUCCGCUACGUGCACGGCUUCCGCAGCGAGCACUUCGUCUACUUCCUGUCCCUGCAGCUGGACACGCGGCUCAGCUCCCCCGAGGCGGGGGGCGAGCGCUUCUACUCCUCGCGGAUCGUGCGCCUCUGCGUCGACGACCCCAGGUUCUACUCCUACGUGGAGUUUCCCAUCGGGUGCUCUCGGGACGGCGUGGAGUACCGGCUGGUCCAGGACGCGUACCUGACCCGGCCCGGGCGGGAGCUGGCCCUCUCGCUGGGCCUGGAGGAGGAGGAGGACGUCCUCUUCGCCGUCUUCGCUCAGGGCCAGAAGGACUGGGCCCACCCUCCCAAGCAGUCUGCGCUCUGCCUGUUCACCCUGCGCAGCAUCAAGCAGAAGAUUAAGGAGCGGAUGCAGUCCUGCUACAGGGGCCAGGGCCGGCUGUCUCUGCCCUGGCUGCUCAACAAGGAGCUGGCCUGCAUCAACUCGCCCCUGCAGAUCCACGAUGACUUCUGCGGCCAGGACUUCAACCAGCCGCUGGGCGGGACCAGCUCCAUCCAGGGCACGCCGCUCUUCGUGGACGAGGACGACGGGAUGACCUCGGUGGCGGCCUACCGUUACCAUGGCAACACUGUGGCCUUCGCCGGCACCCGCAGCGGCAGGCUGAAAAAGAUCCUGGUCAACUCGGUCAACCCUGAGCAGCCCCCUCUGCUGUACGAGAACCUGGUGGUGAGCGAGGGAGCCAGCAUCCUGCGAGACAUGGUGUUCAGCCCCGACUACCUGCACAUCUACACCCUCACCGAAAACCAGGUGACCCGUGUUCCUGUAGAGAGCUGUGAGCAGUACAGCAGCUGUGUUCAGUGCGUGGACUCCAGAGACCCCCACUGUGGCUGGUGUGUCCUACAAAACAUCUGUUCGCGGAAGGACCGGUGCGACCGGGCGGAUGAACCGCAGCGUUUCGCCUCAGAACCGCAGCAGUGCGUGGAUCUCAGCGUCCAACCCAGCAACAUCUCUGUCACCAUGUCUGAAGUUCAGCUGGUCCUGCAGGCGCGGAACGUCCCGGACCUCUCGGCCGGGGUCAACUGCUCUUUCGAGGACUACAGCGAGAGCGAAGGGCGCAUCGAGGGCGAGGAGGUCUACUGCCUUUCCCCCCCCGCCCGCGCCGUGGCCCCCAUCACCCACGGCCUGGGCGGCCAGCGGGCGGUGAAGCUGUAUCUGAAGUCCCAGGAGACGGGGGAGAGGUUCGCCAGCGUGGACUUCAUCUUCUUCAACUGCAGCGUUCACCAGUCCUGUCUCUCCUGUGUGAACGGCGCAUUCCCCUGCCACUGGUGCAAGUACCGCCACAUGUGCACACACAACGCCCGAGACUGCUCCUUCCUGGAGGGCCGGGUCAACACGUCAGAGGAGUGCCCUCUGCUCCUCCCCUCCUCCCAGAUGUACAUCCCGGUGAGCGUGUUGAGGCCCAUCACCCUGCUGGCCCGGAACCUUCCGCACCCUCAGUCGGGCCAGCGCAGCUACGAGUGUGUGUUCAGCGUGCAGGGCAGGGAGCUGAGUGUGACCGCGCUACGUUUCAACAGCUCCAGCGUCCAAUGCCAGCGCACCUCGUAUGACUACGAGGGAAAUGACAUCAGUGACCUGCCCGUGGACCUGUCCUUGGUCUGGAAUGGAAACUUUGUCAUCGACAACCCCUACAGUAUCCAAGCUCACCUGUAUAAGUGCUUCGCCCUGCGGGACAGCUGUGGCAUGUGUUUGAAGGCGGACCCACGGUUUGAGUGUGGCUGGUGCGUUCAGGAGAAGAAGUGCUCCCUCCGGCAGGAAUGCGCCCCCCCAGAGAGCACGUGGAUGCACCCCACCACGGGGAACCCCCGCUGCACACACCCCAAAAUCACCAAGCUGUCUCCUGAGACCGGCCCCAGACAGGGGGGCACGUGGCUCACUAUCUCAGGGGAGAACCUGGGCCUGGUCUUCCAGGACAUCCAGAACGGGGUGCGUGUGGGAAAAGUGCCGUGCCAGCCAAUGGAGGGGAAGUACAUCAGUGCCGAGCGUAUUGUGUGUGAGCUGGCUGAUGCCACAGGUCACCGUUUCCCGGAGGCAGCGGUGGAAGUGUGUGUGGGGAGCUGUGCUGCAGAGUAUCGGGCUCUGUCCCCCAAACCCUUCUCCUUCGUGUCCCCGAUGUUCACUCGUGUGCAGCCCACACAGGGCCCUCUUUCUGGAGGGACCCUCAUCACCAUCGAGGGGAGCAACCUCAACUGUGGGAGCAGCGUCGUCAUCAAUAUUGGCCUUCGUCCCUGCCGCUUUGAGAGGCGGAGCAGCAAGGAGAUGGUGUGCACCACGCCCCCAGGGUCCGUUUCGGAAAGCUCACCCGUCAUGGUGGACAUCAACUGGGCCGAGCUACGCAACCCAGAGGUCAAGUUCAGCUACCGCCCCGACCCCACCAUCCUGAGGCUCGAACCCGCCUGGAGCAUCGCCAGCGGCGGGACCCCAGUUACGGUUACAGGCACCAAUCUGGCAACCAUCAAGCAACCGAAGAUCCGGACCAAGUACGGGGCGGCAGAGUCGUUCCACAACUGCACCGUGUACAACGACACCAUCAUGGUGUGUUUGGCGCCCUCUGUGGCCAGGUCGGGGAAGGGCGUCUCGGAGGCAGGCAGCGGCGUGGAUGAGAUUGGCUUCGUCAUGGACGGUGUGCGGUCGGUGGCGGUGUUGAACGAGAGCUUCAGCUACUUCCCUGACCCCGUCCUGGAGCCCCUGAGUCCCACGGGGGUCCUGGAGCUCAAGCCCACCUCCCCGCUCAUCCUCAAGGGUCGGAAUCUGAUUCCCUCGGUGCCUGGGAACGGCAGGCUGAACUACACGGUGCUGAUUGGAGAGACGCCGUGCGUGCUGACUCUGUCCGAGACCCAGCUGCUCUGCGAGUCGCCCAACCUGACCGGACUGCACAAAGUGACGGUGAGAGUGGGGGGGUUCCAGCACUCCCCAGGCUCAUUGCAGGUGUACUCGGACAGCGUGUUGACUCUGCCCUCCCUGGUGGGGAUGGCGGGGGGAGGGGCGGUGCUGCUGCUCCUCAUCAUCGGCGUGCUCGUCGCCUACAAGCGCAAGUCCCGCGCCGCAGACCGCUCGCUCCGACGCCUGCAGCUGCAGAUGGACAACCUGGAGUCCCGCGUCGCCCUGGAGUGCAAGGAAGCGUUCGCCGAGCUGCAGACAGACAUCCACGAGCUGACCCAGGAGCUGGACGGGGCAGGGAUCCCCUUCCUGGACUACCGCACCUACGCUAUGAGGGUCCUGUUCCCCGGCAUCGAGGACCACCCUGUGCUCAAGGAGCUGGAGGUCCCAGCCAAUGUGGAGAAGGCCCUGACGUUGUUCGGCCAGCUGCUGAAUAAGAAGCACUUCCUGUUGACGUUCAUCCGCACGCUGGAGGCUCAGCGCUCCUUCUCCAUGAGGGACCGGGGGAAUGUGGCGUCCCUCAUCAUGACCGCCCUGCAGGGGGAGAUGGAGUAUGCCACCGGGGUGCUCAAACAGCUGCUGUCCGACCUCAUCCACAAGAACCUGGAGAGCAAGAACCACCCCAAGCUGCUCCUGCGCAGAACCGAGUCCGUCGCCGAAAAAAUGCUGACGAACUGGUUCACCUUCCUUCUGUACAAGUUCCUGAAGGAGUGUGCGGGCGAGCCUCUCUUCAUGCUGUACUGUGCGAUGAAACAGCAGAUGGAGAAGGGGCCCAUAGACGCCAUCACUGGAGAGGCCAGAUACUCUCUGAGCGAAGACAAGCUCAUCCGCCAGCAGAUCGACUACAAGACCCUGACCCUGCACUGCGUGAACCCGGAGAGCGAGGGCGGGCCGGAGGUGACGGUGAAGGGGCUGAACUGCGACACCAUCACCCAGGUGAAGGAGAAGCUGCUGGACACGGUCUACAAGGGCAGCCCCUACUCCCAGAGGCCCAAAGCCUCCGACAUGGACCUGGAGUGGCGUCAGGGCAGGAUGGCCAGGAUGAUCCUUCAGGACGAGGACGUCACCACCAAGAUCGACAACGACUGGAAGCGCCUCAACACACUGGCCCACUAUCAGGUGACGGACGGCUCUGUCAUUGCCCUGGUGCCUAAGCAGAACUCUGCCUACAACAUCUCCAACUCCGCAACCUUCACCAAGUCUCUCAGCCGAUACGGAGCACAGGGCAGAGCCUGGGGGAAGGUGAUUGGCCCAGCUGAGACCAGGCUCUGUUUCCCAGCCCCUGUGUGGUGUGUCCUCUCCCAGGGCACGCUGCAGAAGUUUGUGGACGACCUGUUUGAGACCAUCUUCAGCACGGCCCACCGUGGCAGCGCCCUCCCACUCGCCAUCAAGUACAUGUUCGACUUCCUGGACGAGCAGGCCGACAAGCACCAGAUCACCGACCCCGACGUCAGACACACCUGGAAGAGCAACUGCCUACCCUUGAGGUUCUGGGUGAACGUAAUAAAGAACCCGCAGUUCGUCUUCGACAUCCACAAGAGCAGCAUCACAGACGCCUGCCUGUCUGUGGUAGCACAGACCUUCAUGGACUCCUGCUCCACCUCCGAGCACAAGCUGGGCAAGGACUCCCCCUCCAACAAGCUGCUCUACGCCAAGGAUAUCCCCAACUACAAGAGCUGGGUGGAGAGGUACUACUCCGACAUCUCGCGGAUGCCAGCGAUGAGUGACCAGGAUAUCAGCGCCUACCUUGCAGAGCAGUCACGGCUGCACCUGGGCCAGUUCAACAGCAUGAGCGCCCUGCACGAGAUCUACUCCUACAUCAUCAAGUACAAGGAGGAGAUCCUGGGCGAGCUGCAGAAGGAGGAGCCAGCUCGCAGGCAGAGGCUGAGCAGCAAGCUGGAGCAGGUGAUCGACACCAUGGCGCUAACGAGCUGAGGAGGGCUGGGCUCACACUGAGCGCCACGCACUGGAGACGCAGCGCGCUGGGGAACUGUUUUAUGUGCACACACACAUAUGCUCACACACACACACAAACACACACAUAUACUCACACACACACACACACACACACACACACUCACUCACUC